AUGCGGGCAACAAAGAAAGCCGGUGUGAAGAAUGAAGGUCCUUCGACUCUCUGGAGAUCCCAAGAGGAAGCCAGAGAUUUCUGCCAGGAAGGGGAUCGGGAACUGGCCAACGGCGAUCUCCCAUUGGCCACCACUUACUAUGUUGCCGGAUUCCUUCUCUGUGCCCCCACGGCCGUCAACAAGAUGGCGGCUCUUGAGAAGGAGGCCCGGGCCAACGUGGUCGCCAUCUUGGAAAGCUGGUGUCAAGGAGAAAGCUCCAUCCCAAAACUUGGGAACCCUCCUGUGAACCCCGCCCUGCUCAACGUCACUACGGCGGCGGCUUUUCUCCUGGCCUUUGACCCCCACAACGUGACCGCCUUGCUCUUCAAGAUGGACGCUUUGCUGAAGGCGGGCCAGCCUCUCCGCGUGGCCAGCCAGUGUGACUCCCUGCUCGAGGCCCACCCUUGCGUGGAGCUGGUUCUCACCCGCGCUUUGGCCCUGGUGCUGUCCCAAACGCACUUCCAAGAGGGGGUCGCCGAGUAUCUCCGGGCCUUUGCGGGAAGCCGGAACGAGAUGGUGGCGUUCAUGAGCCGUAGACAGAAAAGAUACCUGGAGAAGAUCAUCCAGGCUUGUUUGGACGGCCUCUCGCUUCCAGACAGUGGUCUGAAGGAGACACUUAGCUGGAAAGAUCUGUGCUAUGACUUCCUGGCUGCCAUAGCCCCCGAGGACCUCCGGGUCUGCCCCCUUCAGGCCCGGCAUCUUUUCGAGCAACGUAUGUACGAGGAAUGCGUGUCCCUCUCCAGCAGGGCCUUAGAAGCCUUCUCCUCCAGCGGUUCAUCGAACAGCCAAGAGACCUCAAGUCUUUUGAUGCACCGAGCUGCGGCUUUCUUGGCUAUCGGACGUCACGUCCCGGAGAUGCUGAAGGACCUCGUGGCCGCCUUUGAAGCUCACCCCAAGCUGGCCAAGACCUCCUUUGAAGCCCUCUUCUCGCCAGGAGAAGCUGAAAGAGUUGAGAAGCACGCCCGGACAGUCCUGGAGGCGGAUUUUGCCGCUUACAAAGAUGCCAUCCGGGUGAGGAACGAAGUCCGGAGCAACGGUGGCCAAGAGUUGAUUCCUCCCGUUCUCCGUACACUCCAUUUCCUGGUCCAGAUCGCCCCGGAGUCUCUGCGAGAACUGAACGUCCGUCUAGCCGAUUGCUACCUCUUAGAAGGCAACAUCUCCGCCUCCUUGGAAGUUUGCGACCGUCUCCUGGCCUCUGCAGAAACCACGUACCGAAACACCCUCCUGGCCCAACGGGGCUUCUGCCACCUUCACGCCAACCGCCGCCCAGAGGCCCUUCAAGAUUUCCAAGCCAUCCUUGAAGAUCUCGUACCGCAUCCAAGCAGCUGUGUGAAGGCCCUUUGCGGGCGAGGUUUGAUCCGAGCCUGGGCCGGCCACCCCUAUCUCACCGCCUUGGAUUACCUGACCGCCUGCAGACUCCGUUUUGAGGAAACCGGCUUUGCGAUCAAGGCCUACGUCCCUUGGAACCAGAGAGGGUUCCUCUUGGUCACCCUUCAGGAGCAAGUCCAGAAGAUGCUGGAAAGAAAGGAGACAGUCCGAUGCAGGUCAGAGGACCGACUGGAGAAAUCUGGAUGGCUGGAUGACCUCCAGAAAGACAGGGAUUCCCUUGGGAUCCACCCAUUGGCUUCUCUUCUCUUGGAACUGGGCGUUUCUUGGCUGCUGUGUGCCGAUGCUUUGUACCAGCUGGGUCGCCUGGAAGAGAGCCACCAGAUCCUCCGGUUGGGUCUCUCAAAGGAUCCAGAGAGAUCCCCCGUUCUGGUCAGGCUGGCUCUCCUUCAACUGAAGAAAGGCCACGUGGACGGAUGCAAUCAG